AGUCCAAGUCUGACUAGAUCUGACUUUUGACGCGCCUUCAUCUGAGCAGACUCAUUCCAGCUUUUUUUUUCGCUGGGCUUCUAGCAUAGAGGUCAUUAUGAAUACUUUCAGACAGGCUUCCCGGAGUACGGCACUCCAUGCUGCUCGUACAGCACGUCAAGAAGCUCAGGACCGUACUAGGGUUCACAUACAACUGAGAGGCUUGCCUCGCUCUGCACUCCCUUCAGACAUACGACGAACCGUCAUUCGCGAAAAGUUGACCGCUGUUACUGAUAUUGUUCUCGACUACCACCGCUUCAAUCCAACGGGUCGAGCUUACUUGACAGUUUCCCAUCCUGACUUUAUGAAAACGAAUCUGCAUGCUCUGGAAAAUGCUACCGUCGGCGGAAUCCCAUUCGAGUCUUAUUCCGCACCACCUCCAGCGUCCGGUCCCCCUGAAAGAACGCGUGGACCGAAAGGACGUGCCGAGGCUGCAGAUAGAGGGCUUAUUACAGGCAAUGGACCUCGAGGGGGCC